UAUGGCGAACGGACAGUUUGUCGAAAGUUCGAUACUUGAAAAACUAACGAUGCGUCGCUGUAUAGUGUAAUAGACAAAUCGCACCCUAAAUUUGAGUGAUUAGUUAAGUGAAAAUGAAGGCGAAACCUUCCAAAAGAGUGGCCGGGAUGAUAAUAAGAUCCCGAAAGACCAUCGCGAAGGAUGGUGUGGUCACGACAUCAGGAAUUGGGAGUCCGAGCCUGUACCACGCUCUGGUUGUGAUAUUUCUCGAGUUCUUCGCUUGGGGCCUGCUGACCAUGCCCUCGAUCUCAGUAUUAAACUCGACCUUCCCCGACCAUACGUUUCUCAUGAACGGCCUCAUAAUGGGCAUCAAAGGUAUACUGAGCUUCUUGAGCGCACCGUUGGUCGGCGCCCUCAGCGACGUAUGCGGAAGGAAACUGUUCCUACUAGUCACAGUAUUUUUCACUUGCCUACCCAUACCGUUGAUGACGAUCAACACGUUUUGGUUCUUCGCGAUGGUGUCGAUAUCGGGCGUGUUUGCCGUCACCUUCAGCGUGGUGUUCGCCUAUGUUGCGGAUGUGACCGACGAGAAAGAACGCUCUCUGGCUUACGGAUUGGUGAGCGGCACCUUCGCCGCCAGCAUGGUGAUAUCGCCGGCCCUGGGGGCCUAUCUCAUGGAAAGAUGGUCAGUCUCUCUAGUGGUUGCCCUCGCGACAGCGGUCGCCAUAUUGGACGUGUUUUUCAUCCUGGUCGCGGUUCCCGAGAGUCUCCCGGAAAAAGUGAGGGUCUCACCGAUCAGCUGGGAACAGGCUGAUCCGUUCUCGUCGCUCCGCAACGUCGGACAAGACCCCACCAUACUGUUGCUGUGUAUAGCGGUGUUCUUGUCGUAUCUGCCGGAGGCGGGGCAGUACAGUUGUUUGUUCGUUUACCUGAAACUCGUCAUGGGAUGGAGCGCCCCGAUGGUGGCCGUGUUCGUCGGUUUGGUCGGCCUGUUGGCCGUCAUCACACAGCUCUGUUUAGGAAUAUUAAUUAAAAAUCUAGGCGCGAAACACACCAUAAUGUUGGGAUUACUCUUCGAGAUGCUGCAACUGUUAUGGUACGGUUUCGGUACGACUACGUGGAUGAUGUGGGGUGCCGGUAUAUUGGCGUCUGUAGGUUCCAUCACGUACCCCGCAAUUUCCGCCUUCGUGUCUGUUCACAGUACCGCCGACAGGCAAGGGGUCGUACAAGGGAUGGUGACGGGUAUGAGGGGCCUGUGCAAUGGUCUCGGGCCAGCCAUGUUCGGCGUGAUCUUCUAUAUGUUCCAUGUUGACUUGAACGAGGGGGAAAACAACCAGAACGCCACACAUUCCACUAUGGUUUUCGAAACGUACACAGAGCUUGUGCCGGGGCCGCCGUUCGUUUUCGGCGCCUUCCUAGUCAUAUGCGCCAUAUUCGUUGCUUCGUUUCUCACGCCCAAAGCACAAUUAGAAACAAAUAUACCUUUAGACACGCAUUACGAGUUAGAGCGUGGCCAGAAAGUGGCCGGUACUCUCAGUCCCUUGAUUCCGACCAGGGGCGGUAUAGACGCAGCGAUACUCUAAAUGUCUGGACUUUUGUUUUUAUUUGACAUGAAACGAACCGCUGGUUUUGCACUUUUCUAAAAUGCUGGCCGGGGAUUGAGAUAGAUAUAUUUUGGGAUACGCGAGCUCGUUCGCGUGUGAACCGGACCAAGAAGAAAUAUUUUAACGCAACUUUUAUUUCUUCAAAAUAACUCCUAACUAAACAUCCAUAUGUAUCCCAAUUACAAUAUCAAAAACAAAGUAGUUUUCAAGUUCUCGGGCAUAUUAAUUGGACCAACAGUGUUUUUUUUUUAAUUACCGUUUGUACAUAGACCUUAUAAUACAGAGACAGAGUCUAUCCUAUAAGGUUCGUAAUAUUUUAAAUUUCCCUUUCAAAAUAGACAAAUGCACAGAUAUAGUUGGCGUAGUAGAUAUGUAAGGCCGCUUAAGGAGCACAUAACCUCAAACCUUAUAAAAUCAUACAGACUGAGUUCACACUUUAAAGAUUUGCCAUAUCGUGUUAAAAUUUGUGCUUUUAAAAUACGUAUUUUGAAAUAUUAGUUAACAAGCGUGUGAGCUGCAAAGGCCAAAAUUUUGCAUGUAAAAUUAAAUUAAUAUCGCAAUGAUGUCGGUUUUGUAAAUUUGAACAAUUUCACACAAGUUGAAUAGUUAUAACAAAGAACUGUGGAAUAUUCACAUCUCUUUUAAUGGAGGGUAGAAGUAAAAAACAAAACUAUUGUUUAAUUAAAAAAAAAAGGUUGGUUGGCCUCUUACAAAAUUAAACCUCUAAAAAACAGUAAAAUUUUAGCUUACUCUUACUAAAAUGAGCACUGUUUGCUGUAUAUAUUCAUGUUAUUAUUUAAAAUCCACAAAGGGAAAAUAAAUUGGAAGAGGUACGCGUUUAUUAGUUGAUAUUUACAUAACCUUUUUGUUUUGGUUCAUUUUCCAUAGUAGUUACUGAAUUAACUAAAAAAUUGACGAAAAUUUGAACAAGUUCAACAGAACAAAAUAUUUUCACUAUGCAGGUCAGUAUUCCAUCCAAAAUGCACGAGACGUCAUUAGUUUUUAUUACUUUUUAUUUUCUCAUAAAGGGUGUAUUAGAUAAAACACACAUUUCUUUUCUUUAAAUUGUUAUUUUUUAUUUUUUUUAUAGGUAGACAAAUAUGCUCUUCACGAUGAUAAAAUUUUUGAAAAUAUUUUUGUUCUGCAUAUUUGCAAGACAUUUUUUUAUUGUCUUUCGCUUUUAUUCUCUUAUUUGAUAUUAUGAACGUCAUGCGGGCAGCUAUAUCGCUUCCUAAAGCGUUACACGGCCUUGUGGUGUAUAUUUUUCCUUUUUUUUAUUGUUGUAAUUCAAAUAUGGAUGACAGGAACAUAACGAAUGAUAUUGUAAAUAUUAAUAAAAAUAAACCAUAGCGCAAAUAAAUUUUCUUGGUCCAAUUCGUAUGCGACUGGGCUCGUACGUUAUUUGUGUACAUACAGAGCGUUUUGGAAAAGUGGCGAUAGGAAAUUCGUUCUGAAAUCAUGGUUUGGCUCACUGUAAUUUGUGUACGUCUCCAUCCCAUUCAUUUGUCCGUCGAUAGCGGUUUAACGCACUUCUCCAAAAUUUUCAGAAAUGGUAAGGGUUUGAGGAAGGUCUCUCUCGUUUUGCGCGAUGAUGCCGUCAAAUGUACCGGUGACCGAGGUGAACUUUUAGUUGAUUUGGAUGUCCAUAUUGUGAUUUCAGAAUCGGUGGAGUUGCUUUUCGCGUGGAUACACUUGUCGCUAAAUUCUAAACUAACCAAAAUAUAUUAAAGUACCUCAGUGCGGAGAGCCCUUUUUGAUAUUUCAUUACUAAAAGGUCGUUCAACGUGGUCCAAAUUUGGGACCGCCCCCUUAAAACCUUCAGUUUUGUAGAACAAGCGGUAUAAGAUCAAAACUAACCAAAGUUAUAUCUCUCGUUGGGUAUGAUUCUAUAGGAGUUACCAUAAUCGAAAGCGGAUCCUUUUUGUCAGAAUUCGACAAAUAAAGAUAAUUGUUGUUAUUAAAUAUCAGCCUGUUAGCAAUCGGGUAUCGAAACGGGGCUCCGAACUGCGGACCAUUCAGUCUUUAACUGCGCACCCCACCCUGUAAUUUGUUACUUGGAUCGUAUGAGAUGCAGUGAAAAUAUUUAUUUUUAUACUGAGGUUGUGUUAAUGUAAAAAUUGUAUUUAAGUUUGCAAAGGCUCGCUUGUCGAUUGGUGGUCCAGUAGACUCUAAUUUUUCUUUUCCUGUUAUUUCAAACAAAAAGAGAAUCGUUUUUUUUUGUUGUUGUGUGGCAAUAUGGCAUUAUGUUAACUAACGACUAUUUCUUUUGAAAAGUCAAACCAAACAUCGGAAGACGCACUUGUAACCAAACACAACAAAAUAGUUGUGUAUUUUUACGAAGCGUUUAGUUAAAAGUGGCAACAUCCGGAACGCAUGUAAAAUACAACUUUCCUCGAAUUUUAAUGUUUAAAAAUUAAAGCAUAAUGAUCGAGCUCAGAAAUGUGUAGUUCUGCAAAUGCUGUAGGAUCUACUUGUACCUCAAAGUUAUCAGUUAGGUUCCUCUUCUUUUUCCACACCAAUGUCUUCAACUUUUUUAUUUCUAUUUCAUAUUCAUUUUUAAUUGUUUAUAGGCUAGCAUCAUUUCUGUCUUAUCACGAAGCUUAGUAAAAAAUCAAUGUUAGUAAAAACUGAAACAGUAAUAAUAUUAUUUGUUGGUGUUAGUGCCUCUUUAGAAGCUUCCCAUACUCAUUUAAAGGUUUAAAUACUCCCAACAACCUCUGUAAUUAACACUUGAAAAAAUCGUAUAUGUAAUAAUAAUGAUUCAAAUCAACUUGUCAGUGUCUGGCAACUUAAAGCAUUUUCCUUUUCAAUCCUUUCCUUCUUGAGAAUUUUCCUAAAUUGGCCAAUAGUCUUAGACAACAAAGAAGCGUUUGGAUAUAAUUCGUCACGUUUUCAAUGGCAGGGUAAAACGUAGAGACAUCUGUGAAAUAAUUGCGCAAGCUAAUAACACCUACGUUUCGCUAGCAUCUAUUUGGCCUGUAGCAAAGUUUUUAAACGUCAUUAUAAAAUCAUUUUUCAAGGACUUAAGUUAAUUUAAUUUCUUUAUUUUUUUUUUAAAUUUUCUAUCAAAAUUAAUUUGAUUUUAGAGUUUCAAAUAUUUGUCAGAACAUAACACUCGAUCGUAUUUUGUUUUUAUUUACUGCCGAUGAGGUUCAUUUUUAUCAUGUCAGCGUCAUCAGUUCAAAAGGUAACAUAAAGGUAAGAGGAACAUAACGAUGUAAGGUAUUUUUGAAAGGGAUGAGAUUUGUUUCCACUACUGCAAACCAGAAAUGUCGUCAAUCUAUAAGUGGGCCUUUGUCAUACCGAUUAGGUUACAGGUCAGCGGUUAUCCUACUUCUUGCUUACCAAGAAUUAUUAGAGAGUACCCAGUGUUGGUGGGGACUUGUGAGAAUUUUCGAUACAUGAACAACAAUAACCUGUUACUCUCUAACUAAUUAAUUUUAUCGGAAUAAAGGUAAAAUGAUGUUAGUUUCAGUUAGUUGAUAUAAAAAACAUUCUACUUUGUAAAUAUACAUAAUAAGUAUUUUUUAUUUAUCAUCAAGUAUUUGAUAAAUGUGCCCACUUUCUGCCUGUACAAAGUUAGUUUUAAGAAUAAACUACUGCUAGGUUAUUUAUUGCAUUUUGGUUUCCAGAACUGUCCAGCUUAAGUUGAAAAUUUAUGUUUGCCGGGUAAUUGGGAUAAUUCUUCAUUUUUAGGCUGUGGUUAUUUUAGUUUUCUGAAAACUGUGCAUAAUUUUGUAACUUUAGAACAGUAUCUUGGAACCUGUCCCGCUUAAUACCCCUACAGUUGAUUGUACUUGUGGGUAUUUGCUUCACACACUCACAGAGACACACAUAUCUGGCAUCUUUAUUGUUAAGCCUUAUUUCCCAUGAGGUCAGUUUUUGUACCAUAUUUAUUUUUAGUUUUUUUUCCUCGACUUUGUUAAUUGUUUUAAAAAGUAUUGUUAGACUUUAGAAUUGUCACCUUGAAUAAGAAAUUAAAUGACUGUUUAUCUA